AUGCGAUCCCUUUUGAAUUCGCAACAAGUCGAUGACAUCUCUCAAAAUGAGCUUUAUCAGAGAGGCAGUCUCGAUUGCAAAGAUGGACCCAAGUACGAUAAUCAUGAACCUAUUGAUUCGGCGGAAGAGGCCAGAGUCGUGAGGAAAAUCGACUUCAUGAUACUACCAUACCUGGCUGUCUGUUACGCCUUUUUCUACAUUGACAAAACAACUCUCAGUUAUGCGGCAAUUUUUGGCAUCCGCGAGGACCUGAAGAUCCAUGGUCAACAAUACAGCUGGUUAUCUUCGAUCUUCUACUUUGGAUUUCUGGCCUGGGCGCUACCUACCAAUUUUUUGAUGCAGCGGUUUCCUAUCGGAAAAUACCUUGGAGCCAACAUCUUUAUGUGGGGAGCUCUUCUAAUGUGUCAGGCGGCUGCGACUAACUUCACCACUCUGGCUGUCCUCAGAGCUCUUUCAGGAGCGGCGGAAGCAUGUUCUGAUCCAGCGUUCAUGAUCAUUACCUCGAUGUGGUACUCGAGACGUCAGCAACCUAUCAGAAUGGGCCUCUGGUAUACUGCCAAUGGUUUCGGUAUUGCUCUGGGAGGUCUGCUGGGCUAUGGAAUUGGUCAUAUCAAAGCCGGUCUACCCUCUUGGAAGUUCGAAUUCCUUAUAAUCGGCGCCUUGUGUUCGAUUUGGGGUAUCGUGAUGAUGAUUUUUCUCCCAGAUAGUCCGGUGACUGCCAAAGGCCUUGACGAAAGAGAGAAAAGGAUAGCCGUGGAACGCCUAAGAGACAACCAAACCGGCAUUGAGAACAAGCACUUGAAGUGGUACCAGGUCCGUGAAGCCUUCACAGAUUACAAGACAUACCUCUUCUUCGUACUAGGAUUUUUUGGGAAUGUACCCAAUGGCGGAAUCUCCAAUUUCGGGACUAUAAUUAUCAAAGGCUUCGGUUUCAGUACCUUGGUUACAACUUUGAUGCAGGUACCUUAUGGCAUCUUGAUCGCUAUUAGCAUCCUUGUAUGCGUAUUCUUGAAUGACAAAUUCGCCGCAAACGGUCGUCAGACGAGAUGUUACUUCAUCCUACUCUUUCUGCUGCCAAACAUCAGCGGCUCUUUUGGACUCGCCUUCUUGAAUGCCGACAAUAAAGCUGGAAGAUUGAUGUGUUACUACCUCACCGGUCCUUACAACGCAGCAUUCGUAAUGGUUCUCUCCUUGACCACGGCCAACGUUGCCGGGCAUUCGAAAAAGGUCGUGACGAACGCUGUGCUUUUCCUCGGGUAUUGCGCUGGCAACAUAGCAGGGCCGUUCUUCUACAAGACAUCACAAAGUCCACGCUAUCAACUUGGAAUCUGGAGUAUGAUUGUCAGUCACUUGGCUGAAGUUUGUAUCAUUCUCCUGUUGCGCAUGCUACUCAGCAGGGAGAACAACCGCCGAGACAGAAUUCAGAGUGCUUUGCCUGGUGGACUCGAGGGCAGAGAUCUCAAUGCGACUGCAUUUACGGAUCUGACAGAUCGGGAAAAUGAGAACUUCAGGUAUAUCUACUGAUGCGCUGCAAGAUCCUGAGGGAGUGUGACAUUUUUUCCCCCCUGAGAAGCAGCAAAUAAAGGACAUAUGGGUUUUCAUUGUCAAGACUCAAGCUUACUCUGAAUGCAAGACUGCAGUUUCAAUCGCA